GGACGGCAGCUUCGAGCUCGUGGCCGAGGCCGCCGAGCUGGUCAUGGAGGGUAAGGUCGACGCUGUCGCGCUCGCGGUGAAGAGCGGUGACUUCGAGUACCUCGCGGACAAGAUGCGGGCCGCUGGGCGGCCGUCCGCUCAGAGAGAGGUCCAGGAGCUCGAGGAAGAGCAGCACGAGCACGGGAAGUACAGGAAGGUCGGACUAUCGAGGGAGCCGAGGGGGCCGGGUUCAGCUCCAGCAGCAUGUGUCCACUGGAAGCCCAGGGUGCUUGGUCCGUGUCUAGGGCCAUCGAGGCCAGCUCUGGACAUAGCUGCUCGCCCGGGCUGUCAGCC